GCAAAUCCUGCGCUCCCAAAUGUGUGGCUGUGGUUGAGAACAUUUGGAGGUUUUGCUUUGGUCUGGUUUGUUUACUGUCAGGCUUUGACUGGGUUUCAGUUCUCUCAGGCAGAGACAACCAUGGCUUUCUUUGUGAAAAGCAUGAUAAGUAACCAGGUAAAGAAUUUAGGAUUUGGAGGGGGGUCUGAAGAAAAGAAAGAAGAAGGAGGGACCUCGGACCCCGCAGCAGCUCAAGGGAUGACUAGAGAGGAAUAUGAGGAGUACCAGAAGCAGAUGAUUGAAGAGAAGAUGGAGAGGGAUGCUGCAUUUACUCAGAAAAAGGCAGAGAGGGCAUGCCUCCGAGUCCACCUCAGGGACAAAUACAGGCUCCCGAAGAGUGAAAUGGAUGAGACGCAAAUCCAAUUGGCUGGGGAUGAUGUGGACUUGCCAGAAGAUCUCCGAAAGAUGGUAGAUGAAGACCAAGAUGAGGAAGAGGAAAAGGAUUCUAUCCUUGGGCAGCUGCAGAACCUCCAGAACAUGGACCUGGAUACCAUUAAAGAAAAGGCGCAGGCCACCUUCACAGAAAUCAAGCAGUCGGCAGAACAGAAGUGUUCUGUCAUGUGAGGGGUGGUGGAGGUGUGGA